AUGACCACCCCAAUUGCCCAAAUUCAGCUAGAGCAGGAAGCCUCAAAGAAUCCUCCUAAGCAGCACACCAGGCUAAGUGAUCUUGUUGAGAAGACAAAGGGGACCAAGUCAUGGGUUUCUCCUUUUCGUACUGAUGCAAAGGCAGCCUCGCCAAAGAGGGAGUCCUAUCCUCCACAAAUUGUGGCCGACGUCAAACCAGAGGACGUAGACAACGCCGAAGAGGAGACAAUCUUGGACCAUGAUGAUGCGAACGCUACAGUGGACCCAAUUGAGUCAGAGUCUGUACUCGAUGCAUCUGAUAUCUCAAUCAAAGGCAGCACUGCCGAAGACAAUCAGGAAGAGCAACCUGAACCGGCCACAGAUGUUCUUCCUCAGGAUGCUGAGGAAGAGGUUGCGGACAAGGAUACACAGUCUGGGGACAUUCCUCAAGAUGAAGGCUCUCAAGCUGAACAAGAAGAGGAGCAAGCACCAGAGGCUCAAGAAGAGCAGGUGUCAGAGAGUCAAGAAGCCAAAGAAGAUGACAAGGUUGACAAUGUGGAAGCAAAGAAAGAUGUUGCUGACAAGAAGGUCACCAAGCAAACUCAGCAAGCCAUCAAAGAUACAGAAGAAGGCGCCAAGGCUGUUAAGGAAGCUCAAGCGAAAUUGAAAGAGGCUGAGUUGAAAUUACUCAAGGAACCCGUUGUCAUUACACCAGAUUUACUCCAGCCACCCGCUGAAGAUGAUGCAGAGAAAACCCUGAAAGACAAACCUCUAUUGCUCAACAGGUACAAGCAAAACAAAGAGAUUGCUGAAAGCUCAUUGCAAAAGAAAGAUGUGGAGAACCCUGACCAAGUCGUUGACUUGGGAGGUGGAUUGUUGCUAACCCAAGCUCAGAUCUACAGUAUCGCCCAGGCUCGAGUCAAACCUCUAUUAGGAAAGAUCGACAAACAAGUUGAUUUAAACCUGAAAGCCGAUGAGCUGAAGAAAAGACAAACUGAACAGCAAUACCACGAACAAAAGGAUCUGCAACAAUCAAAGAACCUGGAAAAAUACCAAACUCAGUUGACUAGAGAAAACAACAUCAUUGUUGCCAGAUUCGACACUGACAUUGCUGCUCUUAGCUCGACCAUUCUUUCAAAUGCCACACUUCUAGAAGAAUUUGCCACUCAGACUAGAAAAGAAAUAGACGACUUGGGUACUAAAGCUUUGGCUGAAGAGGAAAAGUUGGCUGAAGAACAUGAAACUAAUAAGACCAAGCUAGAAGAAAAUGCUAAGCAAUACAAAGAAGAUCUUGAAACUAAGCUGCUGAAUGCCACAACAGGUCAGGAAGACGAGAAGACAAAAAUUGAGGAGCUCAAAGUCAAAGUUGAGGAAGAAAAAGCCAUCGCAGACGACCUUGAAGAAAAAGCCUUUGACAAGAAUGAAGCAUUGAACGCAAAGAGAGCUGAGCUAGAGGAAUUGGUUGCAGAGGAAGCAAAACUGCAAGCAACUGUCGAUGAAUCUGAACAGUUCCAAAAAGAGUGCGAUGCUAAAGCUGCUGCUCUAAGUGUUGAUCAUACAAAGUCUACGAAGAAACUUGAAAAGCUUCAAAGUCAUGUCUCCGCCUUGGGUAGUGCAAUUGAGAAACACGCUUCCAAGAUUGGAUUUCUUACUGGUGCUGCUGUAGCAUCGAGAGAAGUAAAGAGGAAACACAACGAGUCUUUGAAAUCCGAAUGGUUGGCUGAGAAGGCCAGAAUAAGAAGUGAGGUUGCAAAGGCAAACGAACGUAAAACGUUGGAGGCCGAGCUAGAAAGGGAAAGACUCGCAAAGGAAAAAGAAAUAGAGCGCCAGCAGAAGGAAGAACAGUAUGCUCAAGAGAAGCUAGACAGAGCUGAGGAAGAAAAGCGACUCAAGGAGGAUGUUGCUGAAUUGCAAAGAGUAAAACAGCUGAAAAAGGAAAAAAGCAAACUGAGUAAGAAGCUAGCAUCGACAGGUUCCUUCUUUGCUGGUGGAGUUGCCACUGGUGCUGCUAUAGGUGCUGCAACUGGUGCAGCCGCUGGAUCUGCCGCUGGUGCCGCCGCUUCUGGUGCUGGUGCUGCUGCUUCUGGUGCUUCCAAAGUUGUUUCUUCUUCGACCAAUACUGCUUCUAAAGGUGCAUCUGAUGCCGCACAGGUGGGCAACGGGGCUAAGAAAACUGCAGACAUUAAAAGAAACGAGUCUUUUGCUAGCAAUUCACCCGAAAUCAAGAUUGAUGACGAAACUCUCAAUAAAGAUGCCAAACCACUAUUCACUGAGGUGGUAGAAGAUGUUCCCACAACCACUAGCAAGGCAGAUGAAGACAUCAAGAAAAAGAAUCGGUUGUCAUUCUUGGGAAGCAUAAAGAGAAAGGCUUCUCUUGGAUCCAAGAAAGAGCCCGAGAAGAAGGAACCUGCCACGGGUGUCGUUCCAGCUAGUUCCUCGAUAGCUAAGGAUAAUGACGAUGGUGAGUACGAAGAGGUAAGCACUCUUGAGACCAUCUCUGAUGCUGAGUAUGAAGCUCAUAAAGACGAUCCUAACUAUUUCAUCGUCGAUCCCAAAUAA